AGGGUGCACACGGGGGAGAAGCCCUUCCCGUGUCCCGAGUGCGGGAAGAGCUUCAGCCAACGCUCCAACCUCGUCACCCAUCGGAUCGUACACACGGGGGAGCGACCCUUCCCGUGCCCCGAGUGCGGGAAGAGCUUCAGCCACCGGUCCAAUCUUUUCCGCCACCAGAGGAUGCACGCGGGGGAGAAGCCCCACGAGUGCGGCGAGUGCGGGAAGCGGUUCGGGCAGAGGUCGGAGCUCACCAUCCAUCAGCGAACGCACACCGAGGAGAAGCCCUACCAGUGCUCCCAGUGUGAAAAAUCCUUCCGGGGGAGGUACGGGCUCCUCCGGCACGAGCAGCUGCACACGGGGGAGAAACCCUACGGGUGCGGCGAGUGCGGGAAGAGCUUCGGCCAGAGCGGGGACCUGAUCGCCCACCAGCGCUUCCACACGGGCGAGAAGCCCUACCAGUGCUCCCAGUGCGGGAAGUUCUUCAGCAACAGGUCCAGCCUCUCGCGGCACCAGCGGCUGCACGCGGGGGGGGAGCCGUUCAAGGGGCACGAGGGCGGGGAGAAGUGCGGGAAGAGCUUCGGGCAGAGCUCGGACCUCAUCGCCCACCAGCGGACCCACACCGGGGAGAAGCCCUACCCCUGCCCGGUCUGCGGGAAGAGGUUCGGCAGGAAAUCCAACCUCCUGGUGCACCAGAGGGUGCACCGGGGCCUUUGCAAGUGCCGGAAAUGCGGGAGAAGCUUCCAACCCAACUCACAGCCCGGGGAGGAACCUCCCCCGUGCCCCUGCUGCGCGGCGGGGGUCGAGGAGGGCUCAGACCCCACCGACCGGCAGAGAUAA